UUACUAUUUACAACAGCGGCUGGACCUCUACUUCACACAGAGUACUACGCGUUGGAUAAUCCGGAAGUUAAGGCUAUAGACCCCGCCUACCCGCAGCGUAGCCAUAUUGAAAACUGAACAGGACAGGAAUAUAGAGUUUUGAUGCGCUUCUAUCAUAGUCCUGUGAAAUUAUCAGAUAUUUAUAGUAAAGUCCCACAAUACAGAAGGAGAAUUAACCAGCGGACUUUAAACCUGCCAGACCAGCCUUUUCUUGCGGGGUUUCUAAAGAGCUGGUAGUUGGAUUGGAAAGGAAGCAAGUGCCAGUACUUAUGGUGAUAUACAUUUUGUGCCAUUAAAUGAAUGUGUGAUAGAUUUGAGAUGAGCAACAACAGUAACAAGAGAGCUCCCACAACAGCAACACAGCGAUUAAAGCAGGACUACCUUCGAAUAAAGAAAGACCCUGUGCCUUACAUCUGUGCAGAACCCCUCCCUUCCAAUAUUCUAGAAUGGCACUAUGUUGUACGAGGGCCUGAGAAAACCCCAUAUGAAGGUGGCUAUUAUCACGGGAAACUGAUUUUCCCUCGUGAAUUUCCUUUCAAACCUCCUAGUAUUUAUAUGAUAACACCUAAUGGAAGAUUUAAAUGCAACACAAGGUUGUGUCUCUCAAUUACUGAUUUCCACCCUGACACGUGGAAUCCAGCUUGGUCUGUCUCCACUAUCCUGACAGGUCUGCUUAGUUUUAUGGUUGAGAAAGGCCCCACGUUGGGCAGUAUUGAAACCACAGACUUCACUAAAAGACAACUUGCUGCUCAGAGUUUGGCUUUUAAUGCAAAGGAUAAGGUUUUCUGUGAUCUGUUUCCUGAUGUGGUAGAGGAAAUCAAGAACAAACAAAAAGCACAGGAAGAGCUGAGUAAGAGAGCCCAGGCCCUGCCUCUCCCGGACGUCGUCCCCGAUGGUGAAGUGCACAACGGUCACAACGGACUCCCCCUUCUCAACGGCCAUGCGGCUCUAGCAGGGGCAAACCAGCAAGGCCUCCAACAGGCCAACCGCAACCAUGGACUUCUUGGGGGAGCCUUAGCAAACCUGUUUGUCAUAGUCGGGUUUGCAGCCUUUGCCUACACAGUAAAGUAUGUACUAAGAAGCAUAGCACAAGAAUGAGGAGACAUGGGCAUUCAGGACCAAAUCAGGGCUGGUUGCAAACUAAAACGGGCCUGUUGGCAAGGGCACUGGAAAUGGAGGUAAAUUAACUAAGUGCUGCAAUGAUGCAAACACAAUAUUGGCUGGCUUAUGGGUUUACAAAGGCCUUUCAGUUUUUGGAUAUAAAUGAUACUGCUAAAAAUUGGUUUACAAAUUGUAAAUUGUUCCUGCACCCCAUUUUUGUAAGAUGUUACUGAGUAUAUGAUACAUUCUGUGUGUUGAAACAAGUUUAUUAGCAAAGUCCUUUCAAAAUAACCUAGCUAGUAAAUUAGAAAACUCUUCAUUCCAUAACCUGGGAAGUCUCCUUUCCUGUAAACAACAUUACAAGAAAAUACAAUAGUUCAGUGUAGGCGAGUUGCAUCGUUUUGAUCCAAAGAUAUUUAUUUCAUUUGUUUGAGGUUCUACUUAAUAUGUACAUGGUUUCAACAAUGAAGUGGAUUUCUAGGACAUAACUAGCCCUGUACAUGGUUAAAGUUAUUUGCUAUUUUAAAUGAAUGAAUUAAUGUUGUAAUUACCUAUCGAAGCAGAUUCAGUCAGUCGGUCAGUCACUGCCUAUUAUUUUUAUCUAAACUUUUGAAACGUCGAAUACACUUUCCUAUUUUUUCCACUUGAUGUCACUGUUACCCCUUUCUAAGGACACCAGCUGUAUUGGACAGUUUUCCUUCCAUGUCUAUUAGCACACAUACUAAUUUCAUUUAUCCGGAGGUCAUUUCGUUGUGAAUAAUAGCCAAAAAUAGAACACUACUUUAUUUAGAUAAAGGUAUUAUAGAUAAUGAAUUGUAUACUCUACAUUGGUUUAAAAUAUUAAAAUUAAUAUACUUUGCCCCCUUCUUCAAAAUGUGUUUUUAUUUUAAACAAUCUCUUUUCAGACUUAAACCUGCAAGGUGAACAUUUUAAACUGUUAAUGUUUUGAGGGUGACUUUUGAAUCUUGAUUGGCAAAAUAAAGCCAUGAAAAAAACAAACAAAAAGCAAGACAUUUUUUAAUUCCGAAAUGUUGUCAGCAGUAAGCCAGGUCACAUUAGCAGCUGCAAGGUUAAUAUCGGGGUGUCCUUUCUUUGGUAGUGUUGCGUCUUGGAACACCUGUAUGUCUUGUGAAUUUUAUAUGGUUCAUAGUUUCAAGAGGGUAGCAAGCUUAAUGGGUGACUGACAGCUAGAACUUGUUUUCUAUAAAGUACCAGACAUUUGUAAAUAAGUUUAAACCCAUAAGAAAAUGGACACUAUGUAUUACAUUGCACUGUUGUAAUGUAUUUUUGCUAGCAAUUGAAGCCUCUUUUAAACCCAUGAGCCAAGUUGUGAAGUGAAAAUAGUGACCAAUUCUUGUCCGAUCCAUAUGGAUUAGCUCAGCUAACCAGUAUAGCUCUGUACUUCAUAGAUUUUAAAGGCGAUAUCUGGAGGACAAAAUUAAAUGUAUUUAUAAUUUUGUUUUGA